UCUCCAUGUGUAAAUCGAGAUUUACCGUGUUUCUAGAUAUAAUUACUUUAUAUAAAAUCAAAGUGAUGAUUGAUACCUUCCUAGCCGAAUAUUGGCCACGGCGACCAAUCUAAACGGAGAUCAGACACAGGUACACAGGAGAUACAAGUGUGUGCACAAUACACAGGUGCACUCUUUGUUUUUUCAAUCUCAUAGUCCGGGAAGACGGCAUUCCGACAUGACCGGAGAGAGAUCAGGCGCAGGACCAUCGGCUUUAUGGUAGGGCAUGACAGGUUACGGUGCAUUUACGUGUGUAUUAAAGAUGGCGUGUUUGGCACAUGUGUUAACAUCGUGAAUUGUCCAUCAGCGGUCGCUGGAAUUCAUAAAAGUCACAAAAUGCCAAAGAUAUGUAGGUUCGAACAAAUGGAGCCUAUAGUGUGUUGUUUUGACAAUGUACGAACUUCGACCGCGACUACCUUCAGCCCUAAAAGCUUUCAGGAACCCACCACGAUCGAUGAUUACGAUUACUAUCAUGAGAAUAUAGAAGAGAAGACGUGCAAGCCAGUACCUCCUGAACUGACGGCGCCGAGGACUGGCCAGAAGGCCUGGGACACAUUUCUAGAGUGCUUGGAGUACCAAGAGAAGUUGGUAUAUCCUUGCGAGAUGAGCCAGGAUCUCAGCUCAGUCACGAAAUGGGAGAGGCGCACCAAGUGUUACCGGAUCGCAGAUGGCCUCAUUGUGGGAGGGAAAGACGCUGCGAAGAAUGAGUUUUCUCAUAUGGCGCUGUUAGGUUAUGGGAAGGGUAGUGGAGAGAACAUACAUUGGCUCUGCGGCGGCUCCUUGAUCAGUGACAAGUUCAUACUGACCGCUGGCCACUGCAUAGCUGACAGGAUUUAUGGUGUAGUGACGUUCGCAUAUUUAAACUUGUUAAACAGAAGCGAAAUUGCCGACAAUUCACCUAAUAAAUAUGGAAUCAAGACGAUAAUCAAGCACCCGGGCUACCAGUCGCCAAACAAAUACAACGAUAUUGCUCUUCUGGAGCUAGACAGAAGAGUACAUUUAGAUGAGUACACAGUGCCCGCGUGUCUGCCAGUUAGCGACCACAUGAAAGAUGAUGUAGCCAUGGCGACUGGUUGGGGCCUCACCGCCUAUGAAGGAUCCACCUCAAAUGCUCUACAGAAGGUUAACCUGACGAAAUUUACCCUUACCGAAUGCGAAGAGAAUUUCCCUCCUAGCAGAAACAUGAGAAACGGUUACGACGCGGCUACUCAAACUUGCUAUGGGGAUAGAAUAGAAGCUAAAGAUACGUGUCAAGGAGAUAGCGGUGGCCCACUACAAAUUGUCCAUGACAAAAUAAGAUGCAUGUACGUUAUCGUAGGUAUCACUUCCUCUGGCUAUGCGUGCGGGUUCGAGGGUCAGCCGGGCCUCUACACCAGGGUAUCACACUACGUACCGUGGAUAGAGAGCGUCUUGUGGCCAUAAACAACCAGCAUAAGUCUUCCUGUAGUAUCUUUUUACUUUGUAAAUAAAGACCUCAACGUCAAUCGUAGAUUAUUUUAUGGAAGCAAGCUGAGAUAAUAAGACCAAAGCAUUUUUUAUAGAUAUUUAAUUUUAUUUGAAUUACAAACUAUUUAUAUCAAUACAAUUGUUACAAACAUGAAUGUUUGUGAAAAAUUAAAAAUAAACGAUUCUUU